GAGACACAAGGAAUAUGUCUUCAGAUAAUUCAUUUAUGCACUUGGUUAGACCAGGUGUAUCUGCACCAGCAGCUGCAUCUACCGCCCAUAAUGCUCAAGUUAAGAUCCACACUCCAGCCAUGCUUUCUAUUUUGGAAAUUGUUUCCAAGCAAAUAAUUUCCAGCAACAAGAGAAUCAUUGGUACAUUGUUAGGUUCCCGUUCUGAAGACGGUAACAUAUUCGAGAUUAUGGAUGUCUUUAUGGUUCCAUGUAACGAAACCGGGGAUUCUAUUGCUAUUGAAGAUCAAACUCACAAGACAUUAUAUCAAUUAUACAAAAAGAGUCACCCUAAACAAUCCGUUUUAGGUUGGUUUGGUAGUUCCAACACCAUUGAUUCCACCACUAGUUUGAUCCACGAUUUUUACAGUAAAGGUGUCGACAGAGCUUAUCCAUUCCCUGCUAUUCACUUGAAUGUUGAAUAUUUAAAUAAUGAUAACCAAAUUGUUGCUCCUAAAGUGACUACUUAUAUUGGUGCUGCUGUUGGUAAACCAGCCACCACUGCUCAAAUUGGCUGGAAUACUAAUGUUGCUACUAACUCAUAUAUUUUCACUCCAAUUCCAAACCAACUUAUAAACGGAACCACCACUGAAAAGAUUGCAUUCAACAACUUACAACAAGGAGUUAUAACAAACACCACCAAUUUACACCAAGACUUAAGCUAUUUAUCUCAACAAUUGGAAAAGGUAGAUUCAAACCUUUCUGAAUUGAUAAACUACAUUGAUUCAGGAAAGUCAGACAAUGUUGAUUUGUUAAGACUUUUAAGUAACACAUUAUUAAACAGACCUCAAUUGUUAAGUAACAUUGAAGAAUUGCAGAAAUUAUUCAGAGAUCACAAUCAAGAUGUCAUUAUGGUUGAAUAUUUAACCAAGGCUGUUAAGGAUCAAAUUGAAUUGAGUGCAAGAUUAACUGCUGCCAGUGGUGAAAACAAGUAUGAAGCUUAGGCUUGUGUAUAUUAGUGCGUACUCCCGUUUCUGUAAGAAUAGAGUAUAAAGUAGCUAUGGUUAUAUAGUUCGGAAUAGACUGAAUUAAUACAAAUUUUGAUUAGUGAAAGGCGCAUACUAAAUUUAUUGCCGAAUAAUACUCAAUCGUCUAAGCCGAACAAGGCAGGACUAGGCACCGGACACAGGGUAAAGCCGAUACAAAUCACAUCUGAUCCAACACUAUUUACUCUAAAUACUUUCUACAGAUUAGACAAAAGCUUGCUUAUACCUACAUACUUCUAACAUAUGCAAAGUCAGUUUAACUUUUUAAACUGUGGAUCCGUUUUAGCAAUGUUACAGUU